GUUGUUUACGUGUAAUUGUUGUUACUGUGUUGUCAUCCGACUUUUCCAAAUAUAACGGGUGAUCAAGAAUGAUUGUUGAGUUGGCGAAACUGACUUGAAUAGACUGGCAAGACUGACUAGAAUAAUUCCACACAUUUUGUGGGAUGUGUUGGAAAUGGACAUCAGAGUAGUUGCACUUGAAAGACAAGAGACUGAGACUAAUUCUGUCUAUGGAUCGGCAGGCAUUAUGAUAGACAAUAAAUAUGUGAUUAUUACUGCAAAUAUUGUAUCUUCAUUGAUUGAUUCAUUAAAAAAUUGUCUUGGGACAAUUACUGAAAGAAAAAUCUAUCCUUUCCACGAUUCCAAAACCAUUACAGAAUUUAAAAUAUUUUGGAAAGGUGACAACAUCAAUAAGUAUAAUGCUGUGAAUGGCAGAAUAUUUGCUGUAUUCAGUUGUGAAAAUUUGAGAUUAUUUUUAAGACGAAUUUCACUAGACUGGUCGUUGGAUACGCCAAAAAGUGGACGAGUAGAUGAUAUCAUUUUAUCAAUUUUUUUUGUAAUCCGAAUAAAUGAAGUGGGCACAAUUGAUGGUUUCAAACAUUGUCUGAAACAGUGGUGGAACUUGAUAAAAAACGAGGAUAUCAAUCAAAUGGACGACAUUUUUGUAAAAAGUGUAGCAUUUGGGAAUAAAAUGUUCCUUGAUUCCUACAGCAGAGGGAUAGUUUCAAGCACUGUGGGGCGAAAUAAUUGUCUAAUAGUCAGUGAUUGUGCACUCACUCCCGGCAGCGAGGGCAGCCCAGUGUACAAAAAUCAUAGCAAAAUCACCAGUUUACCUUUUGGUAUAGUAGUGUCAGCCUUGUCGUGGUGGAAGGGUGACUGGACUGGCUUAACCUUAAUUCUGGAUAUUCGCUCUGUUUUGGCUGAGUUAUUUCAAAGCGAUUAUCAAAUUAUGUCCAAAACGAUUCAUCAUCGUGUGCUGGCAAGCACUGAAUCAAGUUUGAUCCAAGUGUAUUGUGGACCAAAAUGGGGAACGGCAAUUAUUCUAAGCGAGAAAGGAGUACUUUUGACAAAUUCUCAUGUGAUUGAUUUCAACCACGAUGUAAACAUUUACUUGAAAGGACAAUCAAUUAAGGCAAAAAUUAUUUAUAAAACACCCGACGACGAAGUUUUUGAUUUAGCGGUGCUACAGUGUGAUUCUGCUUUUUUUAAAUCAAAUAAUUGUAAACCAAUAAAAUCCUAUGAGAGAUCUCUGGUGGUGGGUGAGAAAGUGUACGCCGCUGGUUUUGCGUUAUUUUCCAAAACCAUUUCCACCAUUCCCAUGAUAAGCAAAGGCUACAUAAUUCAAUGUAAUGAAUCUAUGAUGCGAACAACGUGUUGUGUCAAUCCAGGAAUGAGUGGUGGGACAAUUUUAAAUCAGUUAGGUGAAAUAGUAGCUGUAAUAGUUUGUAAUUCAAGACUGAACGGACUUGUAUAUCCAAAAUUUAAUAUGGCAAUACCUUAUAGCGCAAUUAGACGGACUUUACAUCAGUUUAUAAAAAGUAACGAUUCUUCGAUGCUUAAUAGUCUCCAUUCAGAUGAUCCUAAAAUAACAUCGUCCUGGAAAACGUUAACUGCAAAACUGUAACAAAUAAAUGCAGAUUUUUGUUUGA